UCACUUCUCCUCCGGAUGCGUUUUCUAAUUCCUGCCCACACAUUAGAGUCUACUCCACCAGUAGAAGUAGGCAGCGAUCAGCGUGCCGCCGCCGCCGCCGCCGCCACUGCAAUCUUUAGCUUUUAUUUGGCUUCAUCAAGACAAACGAGCGGUUCAUCCUUCAGGCAGAUCUCAGCUCAGAUUCAAGGAGCGGUUGUGGACAGAGAGGAGGAGGCAUUUCGUUUGUUCACUCAGGGGCUUCUCUCGUUCACGAAUAAAACAUAAUCUGGAGUUAGAGGCUAGAGCAUCAUAUCACCUCAAGUAUGAUCAAUUUUGACUAGAUCAUCUCCUCUGCAAGCAAAUACCAUUUGUUGCCAUUAUAAGAAUAUUCAGCAGUUCGACAUGACGAAGAAACACAAACUUAGGAAAUCCAAACAUCUUCUGGAGAACAAAAAAGGUGUUGAUGAUAAUGUGGAAAACAUUCUACGGAUGAUAGGCGAGGAGAAUGAAUCGGCCAAGACUGAACCCUCAGAUGAUUCUGGAAAUGCCUUCAAGAAAUCAAAACUGUCCUCCCUUGUGAAGGGCUUCCAUGAAGAGUAUGAGUACCUUCACAAGCACUACCAACAGCUAAUUGGUAAACUAGAAAAUGUUGGGCACAGUUCCAGUGAUUCGGAUUCAUCUGAUUCAGACGACGAGGGAGACAGCUCAGACAAUAAUAAUCUUAAGACAAAGGUAGAAGAUGCACUUAGUGAAGAAAAUGGCUGGAAACAGAAGCUUGUUGAAGAUCGUGAAGCCAAAGAAGAAAGUCUGGAAGCAGAAAUUGAGAAGCUGAAACAAAACACAGAAGAACAAGCAAAGGAAAUAUCUGAUCUGAAGCACCUACUGGAUAAAGCAAUCAAGGAUAAAGAAGCUACAAGGGUAGAGUUAAGUUCGGAUGUUGCAAAUUUGUCAUCUGAGAAUGAAAAUCUAAAGUUAUUGGUUGAAACUACAGAGAGAGAGGCAGGAGAAUCACACAAAACAAUAACACUCAUGGAGAAUGAGAUUAGGACACUGUCUGUUGAGAAGCAAGUUACUGAAAAAGAGAGAGAUGACCUGAAGAUUUCAAUAGUAGAUCUGGAGAACAUGAAUGGGGAUUUGAGCAAUCAGCUACAAGAAACAAAUGAGAAAUGCACCUUCUUGUCAUCCCAACUCGAGAAGGCCCAGCUAGCUGAGAAAGAAGUGCAGACCUUGUUAUCAGAGAUUGAGAAGAUAAAGAAUGAGAAUUUGAUGCUCUCAAGGGAGAAUGAUAACCUGAAAGCAUGUGAGCAGAAUUUAGGUACUGAAUGUUCUCAGCUGAAGGCAACUAUUGCUGAAACAAAAGCUGAAAAUAGCACCUUGACUGAAGAAAAACAUUUACUUGAGAGCAAACUUAAACUUUUAGGCGUGGAGAUAGAUGAUCUGAUUGCAGAGAAAGAGGAGCUAAUGAACAGUAUGAACAUAGAACGUGGAGCUGCAGCAGAAGAAAAGGAAAUGCUAGUAUCCAAACAUUCCAAGUGCCUAACUGAGUUGGAGAAGGCACAGUCAAGUGUUAAGGAACUAGAAUCAACAAAUGGUGAUUUGAACGAUAAAAUAGCAGUGCUGCAAAACGAAAAAAAUUCUCUGUCAUCAGAGCUACAGCAGCUAGAAGCUUCUUUUGAGAAUCUUGGUAAUGACUUGGAACAGGAACUUGAGAGGAUUUCUAUUAUGCAUAAGAAUAAUGAAGACUUGGAGUUGGUGAAUUCCAAUUUACAAAAUGAUCUUGCAACAGUACAAGGACAAAAGAAUGAAGCUGUUGCUUCUACUCUUGAGCUCGGUAAUAAGUUAGAAGAGAAAAACCAACAAAUUUCAAAUCUGCAGGAAGCCGUGGAAAACCUUGAAGCGGCAAAGACCAAUAUGUAUAAUGAGGUUACAGUACACCAAGAGAAAUGCACCUUCUUGUCAUCCCAACUCGAGAAGGCCCAGCUAGCUGAGAAAGAAGUGCAGACCUUGUUAUCAGAGAUUGAGAAGAUGAAGAAUGAGAAUUUGAUGCUCUCAAGGGAGAAUGAUAACCUGAAAGCAUGUGAGCAGAAUUUAGGUACUGAAUGUUCUCAACUGAAGGCAACUAUUGCUAAAACAAAAGCUGAAAAUAGCACCUUGACUGAAGAAAAACAUUUACUUGAGAGCAAACUUAAACUUUUAGGCGUGGAGAUAGAUGGUCUGAUUGCAGAGAAAGAGGAGCUAAUGAACAGUAUGAACAUAGAACGUGGAGCUGCAGCAGAAGAAAAGGAAAUGCUAGUAUCCGAACAUUCCAAGUGCCUAACUGAGUUGGAGAAGGCACAGUCAAGUGUUAAGGAACUAGAAUCAACAAAUGGUGAUUUGAAUGAUAAAAUUGCAGUGCUGCAAAAAGAGGGAAGCUCUCUGGCAUCAGAGCUCCAACAGCUAGAAGCUUCUUUUAAGAAUCUUGGUAAUGACUUGGAACAGAAAUUUGAGCAGAUUUCAGUUAUGCAGAAGAAUAAUGAAGAAUUGGAGUUGGCAAAUUCCAAUUUACAAAAUGAGCUUGCAAUGGUACAAGAACAGAAGAAUGAAGCUGUUGCUUCUACUGUUGAGCUCGGUAACAAGUUAGAAGAGCAAAACCAACAAAUUUCAAAUCUUCAGGAAGCUGUUGAAAACCUUGAAGCAGCGAAGACUGAUAUGUAUAAUGAGCUUACAGUAUGCCAAGAGGAGAAAAAUGCAGCACUCCUACAGGUACAACAGCUGGAGGCUAAUCUGAAGAAUCUUGAAAGUGAGUUGGAACAGAAACAGAGCCAAGUUUCAGCUCUAGAGCAAGCAAAUGAAGAAUUACGAGAGAAAAUUUCUAGUUUGGAGAGGCAACUAGAAGAGGCUAGAAGUAAGCUGCAGGACGAGAUCAUUAAGCUACAAGGAGAAAAGGAACGAGCACUUGAUAAUUUGCAGCAGUCAAACACUUCAAUUAAGACAUUUGAAGAGGAAUUAGAGAAACAGAGAGAACAUAAUUCUAUUCUUCAGCUUGCUAAUGACGAUCUGCACAAGAGCAUCGCUAACCUGGAGAAGGAACUUGAAGACACCAAGGUUAGUUCUCAUGCUGAAAUUUUAGCACUACAAGAACAGAAGAACAAAGCACUGUCAGACUUGCAGCAGUCUGAAAUCUCUAUCGAGAACUUCAGAAUGGAGUUAGAGCAAGGAAGAGAGAAAAUUUCAAUCUUGGAUCUAUCUAAUGAAGAAAUGAAGGAUAACAAUUAUAGACUGAACCAGCAAUUGGAGGAGAUAAGGACUAGUCUGCAUGCUGAGAUUGCAGCUCUACAUGAAGAGAAGGAUGCAGCUCAAUUAGAGUUACAGCAAUCUCUGGCUUCUGCGAGGAACUUGGAGACGGUGCUAGAAAAGCAAACAGAGAACCUUUCAACUCUACAGCACGCUAAUGAUAACUUAAAGAAGAACAAUUGUACCUUGACUGAGCAAUUCGAAGUAAUCAAGAUUGAGCUGCAGGAGGAGGUUAAGAUGGCACAUGAAGAGAAGGAUGCCACACUAACACAACUAGAGAAGUCAGAGGAUUCUAUCAAGAAUCUUGAAAGUGAGUUGGCACAGCUGAAGGAGGAACUAUCAGUUCAGAUGGAAAGCAAUUCCAGCUUGAACAAGCAAUUGGAGGAGGCAAUAUUGAAAGUGUCAAACUUAACUGAGGAGCUCGAGACAGUUCAAGCUGAGACUGCCAGUAAAAUUAAUGACAUGGAAACUAACACAAAAGAUUUGGUAAAUACAAUUGUUCUAUUAUCUUCUCAGAAGAACAAAGUGGAGGAGCAUAUGAAAAUUAUUACCGAAGCAUGCAUGGAGAAAAUGUCAUUUAUGAAAGAUUUCGAAGAUCAAGUAAAGCAAAAAAUUACAGAUCGUGAGAUAGCAAUUGCUUGCCUCCAGCAGAGCCUCAGAGGAAUUAUUGGCAGCUGCCAGAGACUCCAGUAUGCAUAUGGAGAGGUAUCCACAAAGGCAUCACACCUUGAGGUACUUAGGAGGAAUCACCUCGUGCAGAUAGAUACAUUGGAGAACAAACACACAGAAAUUAUGGAGAAACAUCGUCAUUUAGGGGAGGAAAAUACAUCUGCAAACAAAGAGAACAGAAAGCUACAAAAUCAUGUCCAAGAACUUGAAGCUCAGCUCCAGCUAGCCAGGCAGAAGCUUAGAGUUACUGAGGCAGAAAGCAAAAGCAAAGAAGACAGCUAUGUGAUGGCAGUGGAAAAAUCACAUAGAGAGAUCCAGUAUCUUGAACAGAAAAUACAGAAAUAUUCUGGACAGAUCAACUCACUGGAAGAAACUCUCGUACAAAUAAAAGGAAAUGCUGAGUCCGGAACCUCCACACUGGUUGAUCAAUUGGAUCAGCUAGAAUCACAUUUCAAUAAGAGUUUUUCCCACUUCUCUGCCCGUUCAUUUGCAUGCAGUGAAGAGCUCAAGCUCUUAAGGAACAGGUUACAGCACCAUCUUGCUGAACAGAAAGAAUUGGUCAAGAAGAAUGAUGUGCUAGGUAUGAGGUUGAGAGAGAAAGAAAACGUUUUGUCAGAAAUGGUGAGAAGUGCUUCCGAGGCGAAGAAGAAGAUGGCUCACCUUGAGAAGACAAUUGACGAGAAAGAAGAAGAGAUAUCAGCUAGGGUGCAAGAGAAAAGAGAAGCUAUCAAGCAACUGAGUAAUGCAAUUAUUUACCACAAGAACAAUAGCGAUGAUCUGAUCCGCUACAUUCGCAACCAUAACCGCCGUCGCCUUCCAUUUUGUUUGUAAUUUUGAUUAAAAAUAGUAAUGCCAGUAGAUGUAAAGCUUGCGUAUAUUCUAGCUUUGAACUGUGGCAGAAAGGGAACUGUUGCCAGAUAUUUUUUUUCUCAUCAUCUCAUGUAUCAUAUAAAGUUCUGAAAUACUCAUCGAAGUAGUCAGACAGGUUGCCCUUUAUUCUUUGGGCAACUGGAAGUGCUGAAGAUAUUUUUGUUGUUCUUUGCUCUUGUCAUAAACCCUGAAGCCUAGAUUUCCAGUGUGCAUAAGAUUGGAGUUAUUUGUGAUUA